UGUUGGUAUUUAACAUGACAUUUGACAAUAACACUCUACAAGUUAGGUUAUAAAAUUAAUUUUUAACAAUUUUUAAUAACAAUUUGGAUGGUUCAAUUAACAAAAAUAAUAAGAAUGUCUGAAAUUGCAAAAAAUAUAAAACUUGUUGAAGAAAAAAUAUUAAAAGCAUGCUCCAAACGAUCACCAGAAUUUGAAAAUAUAAAACCUCGUUUAGUUGCAGUGUCUAAAAUAAAACCUGCAAGUUUAAUUAUUGAUGCAUAUGAAGCUGGACAAAAGUAUUUUGGUGAAAAUUAUGUCAAUGAAUUGGUUGAUAAAUCAAAUCAUCCUGAUAUUUUAACAAGAGACAUACGUUGGCAUUUUAUUGGUCAUUUACAAAGAAAUAAAGUUAACAAGGUAUUAUCAGUGCCAAAUUUAUUUAUGAUUGAAACAGUUGAUAAUGAUAAAUUAGCAACAGCAAUUAAUUCAAGCUGGCAAAAAUAUAGAAAACAAGAUGAUCAUAAAAUUAAUGUCAUGGUUCAAGUCAACACAAGCAAUGAACCAGAAAAAAGUGGUUGUAAAAUUGAAGAAACAUCUGCUCUUGUUAAACACAUACUAGAAAAUUGUAAAAAUUUAAAAUUUUCUGGAUUAAUGACUAUUGGAGCUUAUGGAUAUGAUCCAUCAAAUGGACCAAAUCCAGAUUUUUUGUCGUUAAAAAAAUGUCGAGAAAUUGUAUCAAAUGAACUUAGCCUUGACAUAAAUAACAUUGAAUUAUCAAUGGGAAUGUCAACAGAUUAUGAACAUGCUAUUGAAUUGGGCAGUACAAAUGUUCGUGUUGGAAGUGCAAUAUUCGGUGAAAGACCACCAAAAACUCUGUAAAUUAAAAAAAAAUAAUACAAAUAAAAAUUAACCCUUCUUGAAUUAGCUAAUAUUUAUUAUUUCUGUCUAAAAAAAAAAUUUAUUUUCAACACAAUUUGAAUUUCCCCGCGUUUACAAAAUGGCUGUAAUGGCGUAAAAACAGCGGCAAAAUUUAAAAAAUUAUAGCGUUUGCAUAAAAAUAAAAAAAAUGGCUGAGUCUCUCCCCCACUGUUUUUAUUUCCAAGAAUACCACCAAUGCCAUCUUUAAACUUUGUUGCAUUCAAUGACGUCAGUAGUUGAGCAACUUCACAGAAUGAUACAUUAUAUCUCUAAAAUAACAAAAAAAAAAAGUCUAUUAAUAUUAAUAAUAUUAAAAAAUCAUUAAUCACAAUAUAAAACAAUAAAAAACAUCAUUAUCAUAGUCUCCAAAAACUCAGUAGUAUAAAACAAUCGUCCAUAAAGUUUCUAAAUAUCCAAAAAACUUUAAUCUUUUUUUAUUUAAAUAAAAACAAUAAAAAUAUAAUAAUAAUAAAGUUUAAAGUUGGCUAUUCUGACAAUUGAUUGGUAUAUUUUUUAACCAGUGUUUUGUGUAUGUGUGUCAAUUUGUGUUGAAGUUUAAUUCUCGCAAUCUUACAUACCACAUAUUGUAAAUAUUUUUUUUAUUUACCUUAUUAAAAACAACGUGACAAAAUUGUCAUUAAAACAAUAAAAAUUAAUUUUUUUAUGACAAUAUAUUAAGUUUAUUUAAUUAAUAAAAAAAAAAAUUUUAUAAAUAAAUAAUAGUGUGUGUAUAUAAAAAAAUUCAAGUGUGUGUGUCAAGUGAAAAAAAUAUGCAGCUCUCUUUUUUCAUCUUGGACCAUUAAAGAUGAUUUUUCUUUCUCUCAUUCGUUGAUUGGGGGCCUUUUUUUUUUUACUACUAGUACUACGCAUACAAACACACACAUAUAUGUAGCUUGUAAUAAUAAGCGGUAGUAAAAAAAAGAAGGAGAGAAAAAGGAAUAAAAAAGUUUCAGAAGAAGCACAAGCAGCAAGACCAAAUGGAAUAAAAAAAAAAGGAAAAAUAGGACGGGUUCUUGGUUUAAGCUGUUGCUUCUGCUGAUGCUGUUUCUUUUAGCUUGUGCUGUUUAUCGUUUUCUUGUGUAUUAACUAUAUAUAUUUAUAAUAUUGUGUGUAAGAUUGUGUAGACUUGGCUGCAUUGCGG